AUCAACAUUGAGAGCGCUGAAAGAAAGAAGAGAAUCCUGAGAGUCUUCAGAGUCUUGAGUCGUCGGCGGAGUGAAAACAGCAGCAACAACACACGGUAAAAAGGAAAAGACGGUUCUUUUUUUUUUUUUAGCCGCCGAAAAGACAGUCGCAUGGAUUUAGUCAACUGGUCCGCCAUUGUUUGGGUGACGAAGGACGGCUGAAAACAACUCCCCUCGCGCUCACCUUUCCUGAUCUCCCUCCCCCCCCCUCCCAUUGGCUGUGGUUUCCCAGAGGGCGGAGCCAAGUAUGGGGUAAGAAAGUUGAGAGGAGACACCUAGACGACACAAGCUGAGGAGGCCCUCUAACCUGCAAAGGUGCUGACGGGGGAAGGACGCUGUCAUGGCGCUCUUGUGGAGGAGGCUGAAGCUUGUGGUGACGGUGAUGAUGGUCAACCUCUUCAUCUUCAUCAUCAUCUCCCGACACAACAGUCAAGACAAAAACGGUCACAAGGUCCGCAUCCCCUCCAAACCAUUCUGGAACAAACUGGUUCCCAGCCCUGCUUACUGGAAUCGUCAGCAGCAGAUUAUGGACCUUCACAACAAUCCCAUCCUGGGGGCUAACUACAGCGACGCAGACUUGCCUGAUUGGGCUAACGACAACAGCUUGACCUCUGACCCCUGCCAGCCUAACUCCAGGGUUACCACUCAGGUGAAAGACUACAACUCCCUACCGGAACGCUUCAAGGACUUCCUGAUUUACAUGCACUGCCGCUCCUACCCGAUCAUGGUGGACCAGCCCGACAUCUGUAGGGAGCCGCCGUUCCUGCUCCUGGCUGUCAAGUCCCUGGCACCGCACUUCGACCGCCGCCAGGCCAUCCGUCAGUCCUGGGGAAAGGCUGGUGUUAUAGCCAAUCAGACGGUGGUUACUAUCUUCCUUCUCGGCAACGCCACAGCCGGGGACCACCACCCGGAUCUGUCCGAGAUGCUGCGCUAUGAGAGCGUCCGUCAUAAAGACAUCAUCCAGUGGGAUUACAGGGAUUCGUUCUUCAACUUGACUGUCAAAGAAGUUCUCUUCCUGGAGUGGAUUCAGACUCGCUGCACCGGUGCUCGCUUCAUCUUCAAAGGCGACGACGACGUCUUUGUCAAUACCUACCGCAUCCUGGACUUCCUCAAGGGCCUCUCGGAGCCCAAAGCCAGGGACCUGUUUGUGGGUGACUUGAUAACCAACGCAGGGCCCCACCGAGACAAGAAGGUAAAAUACUUCAUCCCAGAGAGCAUGUACAUCGGGACGUACCCUCCAUAUGCAGGAGGUGGUGGGUACCUUUACUCUGGUGUCGUCGCUGCCCGUCUGCACAAUGUGUCACAACAUGUAGCGCUCUACCCGAUAGAUGAUGUCUACACGGGUAUGUGCCUUCGGAAGCUAGGGCUGGCCCCCGAGAAGCAUAAAGGCUUCAGGACCUUUAACAUAGAGAUGAAGUACAGGUCAAACCCCUGCGCCUACAAGAGUUUAAUGCUCGUUCACCCGAGGACCCCGCAGGAGAUGAUCCAGAUCUGGGCCUGGCUCAGCAGUCCUAACCUGAACUGCCAGUGAUGGCUCCGCAGCAGGCAGUUGUGACUGAAACUGCCCUAGAAAAGAAGACAUUUUUCAGGUUGUUCCCAAGAGGUCAAAGUGACAAAUAUUUAAUUGUGAACAGGGUCAUGACUUAAGAGUUGGCAGCUUUAAGUUAAGAUAUUAUUAUAAAAGUCGCUUAGAGAAGUUGAUGCAUUCUCCCUCUAAAAAUGAGGAAAGAUGUGUCGUUAACUCUGGCCACCAUAGUAUUUUGACUUGAUGUCAACUUCCGUAGACAAGCUAUCUAUGCUUUACUGUCGAUCGAGCUCCACCAAAAGUGUCCGUGUCUUUCUCUGCGUGCACAUAUUUAUAUCCAAACUAUUUAUAUGGCCUUAUUAAUGCUUUAACACUGUGUUUCAGCUCCGUGGUGGAGCGUCUCAAUGCUGUAUUAUAUAAAUAAGGAGACUAAGAACUGUCCACCUGGGACUCUGUGUUGUUUGGUCAAGGGAAAAGACACUGUCUUUAUUGGCAGUGGUGAAAAGAACAAUAGUGUUCAGCAACUUUCAAAAGUAAAUAAACGAGUGAAGUUCUUAAACUUCAAACCUUAGAAACAACCAGUGGUUCCCACAUGCAGCAGUUUGCUGCUGCUGGCUUUAAAAGAGUUUCCCGGUGAACACUCCCUAGUAAUUGUUGCUGGAGGCUUAGUUCGUGCUGCUAUUCCCAUCCACACUCCCCAAAGUAUUUACUUGUAAAUAGCUCAAUUUAAACUAAACCAGUUUUUCUAAAUAGAAAAACUCAUACCGUCAGAACUUCACAAACCAUUCAUUCAUUUUUGAAAAGUAGCUUUGAUUUAUGUUAAAUUCAUCAUUGUCACUCUUCAUUUUAUUGCCUAUAGUUCCUCUGAGUUUACUUUGUAGAUGAAUCAUGUUACGACAAAAGUUGCUCAGAACGUCCAUAGAGCUUCAAAAUGGGGUGUUUGGUUGAGUGAAUACACACUUUGCUUUCAGGAAACAGGAAUGUGAGUCCAGCUCUGUACAGCUCAGCAGGUCUGGGCUUGUUUCGACUUGGAUGGAGAAAUCCAAAUGCUGUCUAAUUCUGCUUCAGGUGAUCACUUUACACGAAAGGAUAAAACGCUUAUAUGAACCCUAAGUGCAUUUUCAGAUCUUAGUUCAAGCUGCCAGCGUAGAGCGUCUGUCUGAAAUACUCGCUGUAACUUGCCUCAUGAGUGUCUGC